CAAGUCAAUGGUCAAAGCACCUGCAAACGCGAAUAAAAAAUGUUACUCCUUCCAUUAAUUGCGGGGCUCCUGAGUCUGGGACUGGCUGUGGCCCUGCCGGCCGAUGCAGGACGCUCGAGUUCAGUGACAACGGUGUCCAUUGUCAAGGGACAUGGCUAUGAUAUCGAGGAGCACCAGGUGCAGACCUCGGAUGGUUAUAUCCUGACCAUGCACCGCAUUCCUUACUCCAAGAAUACCGGUCCCGAUGGCCGCCGUCCUGUGGCCUUUCUGAUGCACGGUCUCUUGUGCUCCUCCUCGGACUGGGUGCUCGCAGGACCUCACAGUGGACUGGCCUACCUGCUCUCCGAGCAGGGCUUUGACGUGUGGAUGGGCAAUGCCCGAGGAAACACCUACUCCAAGAAGCACGCCACCAAGUCGCCGCUGCUGCAGCCCUUCUGGAACUUCGAGUGGCACGAUAUUGGCAUCUACGACCUGCCCGCCAUGAUAGACAAUGUCAUCUACAAGACCGGUGUCGAAAAUGUGACAUACAUUGGCCACUCCCAGGGCACCACUAGCUUCUUUGUGCUGAAUACCAAUAUCCCGCGCUUCAAGAGCCGCUUUAGCUCGGCUCACUUGCUGGCCCCCGUGGCCUGGAUGGAGCACAUGGAGAGUCCAUUGGCCACGGUGGGCGGACCACUGCUGGGACAGCCCAAUGCCUUCGUGGAGGUAUUCGGCAGCGCCGAGUUCCUGCCCAACACGCAGCUAAUGAACAUGUUCGGUGCCCUAAUGUGCCACGAUCAAGCCAUUUCCCAGGCGAUUUGCACCAACACCUUGUUCCUCCUCGGCGGCUGGGGCUCCCCGUACAUCAAUGAAACCCUCCUUCCCGAGAUAAUGGCCACUACUCCAGCCGGCUGCUCGGUGAACCAGAUCUUCCACUACCUGCAGGAGUACAACUCCGGCUAUUUCCGUCAGUUUGACUACGGCUCCUCGCGCAACAAGAAGGAGUACGGCAUCAAGACCCCGCCGGAGUACGAUGUAGAGAGCAUCGACGUCCCCACUUACCUCUAUUACAGCGACAAUGAUUACUUCGCCAGCCUGAUUGACGUGGACAAGCUACGCUACUACAUGGACCCGAAGGCCUUGAGGAGUGCCUAUCGUCUGCCGGAGGAGAAAUGGAACCACAUAGAUUUCCUGUGGGGAUUGAACGUAAAGGAAAUACUUUACGACCGGGUCAUCGAUGACAUUCUGAACGCAUAAGCAUGCGCUGCAAAUAAAGCAAAUUACCAUUGUGAUACUAAAAACAAGAAAAA